AUGCUCUCAAAAGUAACUGUUUUAACAGAGAAAAACUCUCAAGUGGAGAAAGAAGUCGUGGAAGAGACAUUAACAGCGGCGAAAGUGAAGGAAGCGGUAAAGACGGAAAGUAUAGCAAUUUUGGAAUUUCAGGACGAACAUGCUGAAGAACUCCCAUCAGACAAGGUGAUUACGGACGAAGCGACUAUUGUGAAGACUGAAGAAUUGUCGGUUGCUGAUAAAACUGUGAAUGAUAAAAUCGAAGACAUCACUAGGCCAGUAGAACAUGAGUAUGUAACUAUGCAGGAAAAUGCGCAAAAUCUGCUUGAAUCAGCGAAAACUAAAAACAAAAUAAUGCUCAGAAGGAAAACUGUGGAACCGGACUUAGAAAAAGUAGUUUGUUUGAGUAAAGAAUCUUCUGAUUCUGAGUGCAAUGGGCCAACUAGCUAUAAACCCGUACAUGAUUUGCCAGCAUUAGAUGAAGACGCCAAUUUAAUUAAAAUCGCUACUGAAGUCCUGUCGGCCGAAGGACAGCCUUUGGGCGAGCAGGUCGCUGUUAAACAGUCGCAACUGGACAAGCUGUAUGCCGGACUGAAGGAUUUGGCGCAAGAACGUCGCGCUAAGCUGGAUGAGGCCUUGCAGCUCUUCCUGCUCAACAGAGACGUUGGCGACUUAGAGCAGUGGAUAGCUGAUCGCGAAGUGGUGGCCUCUUCUCAUGAACUGGGCCGAGAUGCUGGUUCUGUUUCAACGCUGCAGCGCAAACAUCAGAACUUCAUGCAAGACCUACAAACGCUUCAGAACCAAGUGCAACAGAUCCAAGAGCAAUCGAGAGUGGUGUCUGCAUGGGCCAGUUUGCAAAUGGUUUGCGAGCAGCGCAAAGGAAAACUGGCCGAUACUGGCGAUCUGUUCAGGUUUUUCAACCUGGUGAGGACGCUGAUGCAAUGGUUAGACAACGUGGUGCGCCAAGUGAACACCAGCGAAAAGCCGCGCGACGUCGGCGGCGUUGAACUGUUGAUGAGCAAUCAGAAGAGCCCCCAGGCAAAAUUUUAA